AUGAAGCUCGGUGCUCGGCUUAUUGUUCCCAUGAUUAUACUUCUCCUUUCUCUUACAAUUGAAUUAACAAAAGCAGAAGUCAUUACACUGACCCCAGAAACCUUUUCUGACAAGGUGAAGGAGAAGGAUACUGCGUGGUUUGUAAAAUUUUGUGUUCCUUGGUGUAAGCACUGCCAGAAAUUGGGGAAUUUGUGGGAAGAAUUGGGAAAAGCAAUGGAGGGAGACGAUGAAAUUGAGAUUGGUGAAGUAGAUUGUGGUACUAGCAGAGCUGUUUGCACCAAAGUUGAGAUUCACUCAUAUCCAACAUUUAAGCUAUUUUACAAUGGAGAAGAAGUUUCAAAAUAUCAAGGAAAAAGAGACGUUGAAUCGCUCAAGACCUUUGUUAUAGAGGAAACUGAAAAGGCARCAGAAAAAGCACAGCUUGAAGACAAGGAACUGUGA